GUUUUGUUUUCUAACCAGCUGAUUUGUGUCUGUUGUCCGUUUUAAUGUCAUAAAUUUGUGAAGGUUGUACCAUUUUAAAUAUUUUUGAGCCAUUAAAUAGCUAAAAAACAAUUUGUUUUUUAGCUAAUCAGUUAGAUUAAUUAAUCAAGCGAUGUUUUUUUUCCUUUACACUAACUGUUUUUCCUCUAAAUAGUUUUAUACUCACGGAUAGUGAAUCUUAAGUGAAAUGAGAAAUGACGCAGUUUUGUAAUAAAGUGAUUUUUAGUUAGGAAUUUCAAGAAGAUAGUCAAGUUUAGAAUUUAAAAUGUCUGAUUCACCCACAAACUCUGGUUUGGAGACUUUUCUUGGGCCAUCCAAGGUUUUACCAAGACAUGUCAAUGAUCCAACAAUUCUAGAUAGUGUGGCCGGUUUUAUAAAUGAAGUAGUUCCAACUUCUCAUGCUGGUUCACAUGAUAUCAAAGAUCAGAUACUGUGGGCCAGAUUUGAAGAACCUGAAAAUGACAAAAAUUCUCCUCAAGGCAAUAAUAGUUUUUCAAGUACAGUUCCUGCUACACUUGUUUUGGUCUUGGGAUACACCACUGGCAUACAGAUGUGGGCUAUCCCAGCUAAUGGAGAAGCCACAGAAAUUUUGUCAUGGAGGCAUGGUUUUGUCAAAGUUCUCAAAUUUUUACCAGUGCCAUAUUUAGUUGGUAAUAUAACUAAAAAGGAUGUUUUUGCUUCAAAAAGACCUUUGCUUGCAAUCUGUGAUAGUUCUUCCUCUGGACCCCAAUUUAGUUCUUUAAAUUUUGUGUCUUUAAAAACAGGAGAACAGGUAAAAGUAAUCAAAUUCAAAAAUUCUGUGUUAGAUGUCUUAGCAAACAAGCAAUCGGUUGUUGUAACUUUUAUUCAUGAAAAGAUUGCUGUGUUUGAUGCCUUUACUUUAGAAGAUCAUAUGACUGUGACAACUUGUUAUUUGAGUCCUGGUUUAAAUCCAAAUCCAGUAACUUUGGGUUCAAAAUGGCUGGCUUAUGCAGAAAAAAAGAUGAAUCUUUCAAAAAGGAGUAGUGGUGGAAUGGACGGAGAUGGAGUGCAGAGUUACACUGCUACUGUCAUCCAUGCAGCAAAAUCUUUGGGCAGAGGUUUGAGAGAGCUGGGGGAAAGUGUUGCAAAUAGUUUAACCAGAAGUAAUAAUUUCAAACCUGGUACUUCCCCAAAUAGUCCUCAAGCUGGAGGUCAAUUAGAUGUACCGCACAAAGGAGUAGUCACUAUUUUAGAUAUUGGUAGUCCUUAUGUCCAGUCACAAGAUAGACCUUCUCCGACUGCAGAUCCUGUAAUUGCUCAUUUUAACGCACAUACAGAAGCCAUAGUAGCUCUUCAAUUCGACCCUAGUGGCAUGUUACUUCUUACUGCUGACAAAAGAGGCCAUGAUUUCCACCUUUUCCGAAUCCAUCCCCAUCCAGGGGGUUCCACUUUAGCCACAGUUCAUCAUUUGUAUAUUUUACACAGGGGUGACACUUCUGCAAAGGUGCAAGAUAUGUGUUUUUCGCCUGAUUCUAGAUGGGCGAGUAUUUCUACCUUAAGAGGAACCACUCAUGUGUUUCCUGUAACACCAUAUGGGGGUAAUGUGGGUAUGAGAACCCAUGCAACUUCUCAUGUUGUCAACAAGAUGUCAAGAUUCCAUAGGUCUGCAGGUUUAUCUGUAGAUGGCAGAUCCAACAGUCCCAUAUCAAUGUUUGAAGCUCCAAGUAUCUCAAAUUUUCCAUACCAUAAUCCGAGGCUACCACCGUUUCCUCAUCCAACUGUAGUAAAUCCUUUGGCUCAGAUUAGGCAGCCUGUUCUGAUUCAAAAUACAGGAACUGCACCUCCUGCAAGACAACCAACAGGACGACAAAGAAUUCCUUCAACAUCGGAAGAUGUGUGUCUCUGUGUAGUUACAUAUUUUGCAGCUCCAAGAGCACUGUUAGACAUUAACCGUGAUGCUACUCUAACAAAACAACCAAAACCUGUUGAGUCACUUUUCAUCAUGUCUUGUCAUGGAACUCUAGUCCAAUAUGAUCUCGAUCCUCAUCAACUGUCAAACAUACCUAAAGAACGUGUGUCUAGUGAUACCCCCAUCGAACUGACUGUGACACGCAAAGCACAAUGGUUGCUGCAACGAAGGAAUGGGACUGUAGAUCUUGUACCCCCAAUGACCAAAGAGAAUUUGAGUUAUAUAGGAUAUGAAGCAUCACCAUUUACAUUUAAAAAAGAAAAACCUGUUUAUAAUGAUGAACAUUGGUUAUCACAAGUUGAGAUAAUUACACAUGCUGGACCUCAUAGGAGACUUUGGAUGGGGCCUCAGUUUACAUUUAAGACUUACAAAACUGUUGCUGGAUCUCCUCUGUCAGUAGGCGAAGCCCAACCGAUCGACUUAGGCCAUUCAAAACCCAUAAAUAUGCCGAUAACCAAAGCAAAUGCGGUGCUAAUAGAAUCAAGUUCCGCUUCUAGUUGUGAACAAUCCUUGUUAGAUAACUACCAUAGAACUAUCGAGGAAGGAGGCGGAAUUGGGGAGUUGCAAUUAAAGGAGGACCUAGCCGACGCUAUGUUGGAAUCUCCCGGAAUCAGAGAUACUGGUGGACGUUGUGUGAUCGUUCAAAUGAAACCAGCAGUGGCAAAAGUUGUGAAUCCCUUAGGAACAGUUGUUAAUGUUCACUCUGACGAAGAAGCAGAUAUUGAAGUUUUUGAGGAAGCUAUUCAUGAAAAUUGUGACGAGACCCUCUUCAGGCCUGUUGUAGCACCUAAAAUUGUGCUUAAUCAUGAUAAAGUACAGUAUGGGGAUAAUAUUUUAACUAAAAGUUUGGAAUCUACAACAGAGGUUGCUGUUAAAAUAUUAAAAAAAUCUACUGCUAACAUUGAGAAAAGUAUCCCAAAAAUGACUGCGACAGAAUCCAAACCUAAAGAAAACACUAAAGAGUCUAAAAAGAGUAGAAAUAAAAUCGUUGCUAAUGUUAAAAUAGAACCAAUAUUUGAUUUAUUCGACUCAAAACCCAUUACCAAAAUAUCAUCAGAACCUAGAAUAACAACAGAAAUAGAAAAAAUAACACCUCUGGUACCUCUAGAAAAACUUAAUAUAGAUUUUGAACGAAGUAACAAACAUAUUUUAGAUUUCCCUCCAUUAGAUAACGACAAUUUCUUUUCUCUAGAAAAUAUCUCUAAAGAUACUUUCGAGGAUGCUAGUGAGGAGCCAACACGUACUGAAAGCAAAAAAUCAAAAAACAAAGGUAUAAAGAACAAUUUAGACAAUUUAUCUGAAACCAAUUCUUCAGAAGAAAAUAUAUUAGAAGAAAAAGUUGUUACAAAGCGUAACAGAAAACCUAAAUCUAAACUAGGAGUCAAAAUAAUUAAUACAAACAAUGAAAACACUAAUACUUAUAUAGAAAAAAAUAUUGAUAGUGUAUCUGCUGAAAUAACUUUACCGGCUCCACAAAAGAAAUCUUGGAGUAACAUAGCAGCAUCAAAACCCAAACAAAAAUGCCUAAUAGAUUGCACUGAAGACGACAAAACUUUUGAUUUACCGAAAAUCGAUUUUGUUGACGAAGAAUUCACAAUACAACUACCCAAAAAAGCAACCCCUGUUCUCUCUAACAUAUCAGACUUUAUUAAUAUAAACGAUACCGAAGAAGAAAAGUUUGAUACAGAUACUGACAAAGACAUAUUCUCUAUUCCCGAUAUCCCUGAAUCUGACGAUUCCGUUUUAUUCAAAACGCAUAAAUGUUCGGACGACGAAAAGGGUGAGUUAAGUAGUUCUCCAGCAGAUACCACCGAAAGUGACGAUUCUGGAAAGAUUUCAACCACAACCGUGUUAUUGACUGAGACUAAAGUUACUUCUAAUGCGAAAAACUGUAGGAAGAAAAAGAAGAAAAAGUAAAGUGUUGGUUUGGUUUUAUAUUUUGGUGGUUUUAGUAAAACUUUAAUUGCUUGAUCGAUCGUCUGUUACUAUGAGAAAGAUAAUCAGUCGAUUUUAAGUGUUUUCUUUAUACUUGUUUGUUUUAAUAACCACCAUUUUUAUCUAAUUACAAAGGAUCGGAGUUAUGGAGAAAUGGGCUCCGGUGAAAUGACCUGAAUUUUUGGUAUGUUAUACACUAUGUUGGUAAGACAUAAUUUGUCUUCCAAUGACAAAAACAAACCAUUCAUGUCAUUGAAAUUAGCAUAAACGGUUAUAGAAUGUAAGAUUAUCCAUUUGCCCAAAUGUAGUAAUAGUGAAAUGGGAAUAAACACAAAAUCAACACCACAAGGUAAAUUUAUUAAUAACAUUUUGCAAGUAAUUUCGGCCUAGAUAGUAAUCUUCAGGCAUAGACAUUAAUCAAUAAAACAAAUCUUAAUAUCCAAAUUCAUAAGUCCAUAUGGUAAAUUGGGAUCUGUCUCGAAAUAGCACUAUUGUUUGAGCGCCUAAUUAAAAUGGAGCGUAUCGAAAUAGCGCAUGAACGAGAAAUAGCUUUUAUUAAAAUAGCGCUAGUCAAAACGACACCCGAACGAAAUAGUGCGAACUGGUUCUAUUACGAAAUAAAGCGUUUCAAAGUAGCACUAUUGUGAUGCAUGAUGCUUCAAAAAAAUAUAUAUACAUAAAGUUAAAAAAAAAAACUUAAUUUACCUAACAAUUUAAAUUUAACCGAUCGCUCCCCCACGGGUUAGGUACGUUAGUUAAGUUUUUUUAAUAAAAAAUAUUUGGCCCUAUUUUGACUGACGCUAUUUUAAAAAGCGCUAUUUCGUUUAGCUCUAAAAUAGCCGGUAAAUUGUGGUUAUUAUUUAUUAAAAAAAAAAAUAAACGGUUUAUAGGAGAAAAUGGACUCAUCGACUUGGAUAUUAAGAUUGCAUUAUUGAUUAAUUUGUAUACCUGUAUGCCGAAACAUAGUCGCAUUUUAUUAAUACAUUUACAUUGUGGUAUUGAUUUUGUGCUUCAUUCCCAUUUUAUAAAUGAUAAUAUCAUACUUAAAAAAUGGUAUCUACCUUAUUUUAGAAAUAUAAUUAUUAUACAUGUUAAAACUACAUAAUUUUGCCAUAAACAAAACGCACUCAAAAAAAUUACUGCCACUGUAAUUUGUCAUUGGAACACAAAAUUCAUCACUAUUAUAGAAUAUAUGUUGUCGACUUCUAGGUCAGUUUUUGAUAUAAAUGGUGUUGAAGAUACAAAUUGAUCAUAUUUUAAAAGUUCAUGCUUCUUUAAAGGGCUUUGAUUACAGAUAUUUCCAAGAAUAAUGUUUUGCUCAAAGAUUAUUUAAAGACAAAUAUUGCCGAAAAUUUAAUUAAAAUUUUUAAUUCGUUUAUUUUUCAUAUUAAUAUCAAGCUGAAAUAGUCCCGUUUUAAUUAAUCAAAAUUAUGAACAUUUUAUAUAGGAUAAGUUAAAAAGUUGGUAGACCCUAUUUUUUGGUACGUGUUAAUAAUAGACCUCAAACUAUUUUAAAAUAUAUUUUGUUAAUAAACCAUAUACAGUUUGAAUAAAAAGAUAUGUAAUGAGAAGAGAGGAAACCCGGCUUUUUUCCUUUCUUGUCCAAUAUCUUAACAAUUUAGCGGUUAAAUUGCCAUAAUUUUUUUAUGUUAUUACCUUUGUUUUGAAUUUAAAUAAGGUGUAAAAGAUAUGAACAAUUAAAGUCGUUUACUCGUCCACUUUCAUUUAAUGAACAGAAUUUGAAAUUUAAAAAAUAGGGCGAAAAAGAAAAAAGCCAGUUUCCCCGUUUUAUAGUUGCAUAAUCUUUUGAAUCAUACUGUAUAUGGUUUAUAAACUGUGCAUAAUUUAACAUUGUCCUUUAUUAACACGCGAUUAAAAAAUUAUGUUUCUUAAAAACAGCAAGCAGUUUACCAACUUUUUGACUCACUCCGUAUAUUUCAGCGUUAUAUUAAUAUUAAUUUGAAGAAUAUUCUCCCAUGCUAAAUUAAAAUUUAAUUUUCAGUAAUUUGUAACUAAUAAAAAUUUAUAUUAUAGGUUUUGCUGGAAAUAUUCUUUGAUAUGCAAAUCUUUAUUAUUGAAAACUAUCUGUAAUCGCCGCUUUUUAAAAAGAACAGCUCUUUUUAAAUGUCCAAUUUGUAACUUCAAAAACUACUCAUAGGAGUAGUUGUACCCAUAGACACUAUUAUUCUGCAAGUCAGCAACUACAACAAAACAAAAAUUCAGGAAAUUUCAUUUCUUCAUGAACCGGUUGCCUGGUCCUCUAUAAUAGAUUGUAAAUCCUUGAUGGUUUUCAUAAAUUACUUUUUUUUUCAUAAUAAAUAUAAGUAGAAACAUUUCUUUUUUGUUGUAUUGAUUUGGUUGUUAUCUUAGUUGUUAUAUUAUUUUAGUUUUUAAUUUUAUAAAUAAUAAACUAGUUUUGAAAAACAAUUUGGAGCGAACGUUUUUGAAAGUAAUUAGCUUUUUCAUAGCAGCAGGCACUGUUAAAAGGCUACGUAAAUGUAAAUUAUUUUGAUUGUAAGUUAGUAUACUAUUUGUAUUAUACAUUAUUUAAUCUAUAUGUAUUUAGGCACUGCAGGACAACCUAAAUGCUUUCUGCAAUCAUUAAAAAAAUGGUAAUUUAUCAGUUGUGGGUAAAUAAACUUUAUUUUUUAGACAAUUUCGUUUUUAACCAUAUCAUUCGAAAUUUGAUAUAUUGGAUUUUUAUUGAAUAUUUUAGUAAUAUUUUUACUGUUUUUAAGUAUGUUUUAAUUAUUGUUUUACUCAAUAGAAAUAUCAAAAUAUAGACAAGGUAAAAAAACUGAUAAAAAAGUUAAAAAUUUUCAAAAUACAAAUAAAAAUUAGUAAUUUUAAUCGUUUUUGGGAGCAUCUAUAUAAUAUAAAGUAAAUUCAUACCAUGUAUUACCCAUUAAAAACAAAAAAAAAUAAACAAAACGAAAAAUUAUUAACAUUACUUUAUUUUUAGGCCAGUAAGUCAAAAAUAUAAAUUUGUUUUUAGUAUUUUAAUUCCUUUAUAAUAAAAUUUAAAAAGUGUUUUAGGUUUUACAAUUUAAUUUAAUAUUAAUAAAAUAAAGAUUCAAUAUACUGCUAGGUACAGGGUGAUUUUUGUAAAUAUAUUUUAGUAUAUUUUAUUUCAGUUAGAAAAUAAUAUAUUUGUCAGACAAUCAAAUUUAAUUAUUCAAAAGUUUAAUUCCAGCUUACCCAAUUUUUUCCCAAGGUGUAAUGAAAAAAUUUUAAUCAAGUCAGUGUUCGGCAACAGCAAAUUUUAAGAUGAUAUAUUUAAAAAAAUCACUGGAUGGAUCCAUUUAAAAAACGGGCCCAUUUUUUUUUUAGAAUGGACCAUAGUAUUGUGACCCCCAUUUAUUUUUAAUUUUGGACUCACUUGUGUACAUAAAAAAUGUGUAUCGAGUUGGAAUAUAAUUUUUGAUCGAAUAAAAUUGAUUAAAAAUAAGUUUUUUAGUUUACGGCAAAUUUUCUCUUAAAACGGGUUACCUACUUUAAACAAAUACAUAAAUAAUAUGUAAUUAAAUUUUAAAAAAAUCACACUGUACAUAACAAAUAAUUAGGCGUGACCUCUUUUACCUCUUUGAUUUUUGCAUAACAUUGCCAUAAAUCAUGACUCUAUAAAAAUUGUUAAUAUAAUUUAAUUUAUUAAUUGUAAUUUAUCAGUAUUUUUUGUAAAUAAAUAUAUUUUUGGAUAUAGUUUAAAAGAAAUACAUUAUAUUCUUGCAAAAAAAAACAUUGUGAUUAGGAUCAAUUAAGAAUUAAGUUAUCAAAACACUAAAUAAUGCACAUAGAAUCUUUAUCAUACUUCAAACAUAAGUAAUGUAAAAUUGCAAAACUUUUAUUAAACAAACGUAGAUGUAAUAAGUAUUUUUUUUUAUUUAUAAUAUCCAAAUUCUUUAGUGGGUCCAAAACUAAAUUAAACUAAUUUAUUUUUAUAUAAUUGAAUUUUUGCAAUUUUGUAUUACUAAUUUUUUCUCUUCACGAGUUUUGUUUGACAGUUUGAAAUUUCAUUUAGGAGAAACAAUACAAAAACGAUUGCCGAACCAGAGCCAAAUAAAAAAUGGCAUUCGAUCUACGAAAAAAAAAAAAAAAAAGAGAAUGAUAAAACUUCAGACUUUUGUUUCAUGAACGUUCAAUAUGAACUCGUGUAGUAUUUUAAAUAAUAAAUCAAAUAUGUAUUUAUUAUUAGUACAUAAUCCUGUUCAAUAUUAAAUUUCAAAAAACAAUUUUGUAUAUCAUAAAACUUUGAUUGUAUUGUGAAUGUAGUUAUUUUUGUUUAAGCAGAGUAGUCUGUGCCAAAAAGUAACUAUAAUAAUGUAGAAUUGUCAAAGAUUAUGACAUACAAGUUUAAGACUUAAUUUUUUAUAGAUUGAACAUUACAUUUUAAUUAAUUCUAGAAUAAAAUAUAAAUUCUCAUUUUUUAAGUUAAAGGUUGAUAAUUUGUUUUAAAUAUUUUAAUGACAUAUGCCAGUUUUUAAUAUAUCACUUGACCAGUUAUUACAUAAUUAUGCUCUUUACUUUCUUUUUAUCAUUUUUAAAUUUAAUGUGAUGUUCAAUUUAUAUACAAAUAACUACAUAGAAUAUUCAAGAUCAGAAAGUUCCAAGUUUUCUAAAAUACCAAACUUAUAUCUUGACAAAAACUGUUUAAAAAAUGAUUGAUCUUAAAUAUUCAAAAAUUCUUUACAUACCUUUUCUAUUAUAAAAUACAGGAUAUAAGAAUAUCUAGUUAUUUGAAGCAUAACAAUUUCUUUACAGAUAAAUAAUUAGAAUCUAUAUUAUUUUUCUUGUAUCUCAUAUUUACAGAACGUGUUUACACAAAUAUUGAGUAGAUCUGAUAAAUAGGGGUUUACAUAGAAACCAGGCAGAAAUAAAAAAUAAGAACCAUACAAAUUUAUCUACUUGCUAAUAGUCUUAUAUAAUAAAACGAAUUUUACAAGAUAU